AUGGCUAGUUCUGGACGAAAUUGCAAUAUUUUUAUUACAAAGAAUAUUCAUCAUUCAAAAAUACUCACGCUUAUUGUUCAACAUAUUUCACACAAGGCGAAGGAGAUUAGAAGAAUGUCAAUUGAAUUAAUUUGUAUUAUUGUAAAUCAAUGGGAUCCAACUCUUGUUGAAAAACAUUCUGGUGAAUUGACACAUUCCAUAAAAUUGGCUUUGAGUGAUGCUGAUUCUGAAGCUAGAGUAAUUGCUCGUCAGGCAUUUGAAGGGUUACAAAGCAAUUAUCCAACAAAGGCAGAAAUACUUUUUCAGGAGCUUGAACCAGCCAAGCAGCGAAUGCUUAUUGAACGUUCUAGUACAGCUUCUUCAACUCAUUCUAUAAAUUCUGAACGUGACAAUCUUCCAAAUCCGAAUAGAGGACUUUAUAAUGCACAAAAUUCUGCCUUUUUGAAUAAACGUUCAGCCAGUGAUUUGAAUCAUACCAGCGCUCGCCGAAAUUUGGUUCCUCCGAGAAUUGUUCGUCGGCCAAAUCCUCCAAUGGCUUCGAGUAGUGCAACAAGUGUUAAACCACCAAUAACACGUUUGUUUUUUAUUUUCUGGUUUUUUUCAAAACUUAAUAAGGUGUUGGGAGGGGAUUUUUAAGUCUGUCAGUCUCCUCUUUGGAGACGUGGUUGACCUUUGUCAAAGCCUGGAUUUCUCUUAAGAGUCCAGGCAUUCGGCUUUCUGGACUAAACCCUUGGCCUCGAUUGUUUCCUGGCCAUGAGUUCUAUAAAAGUCUAACAAACAUUUUUCGGUUUCCUGGACUAACAGACGACCUUGAUGUUUUCCGACUACAACUCAUA